AUGAAUGCCUGGCUAGCCGACGCCUCGAAUCUUCAGAACCAUGACAAUGGUGCCUUCCAUCAAACGACCAUUGACCCUGCUACCGCAUUCCUGCAUGCAUCUCCCACUCCCCCAGAUCCCAAUCAGUUCCAGCGCAUGUUCAAUAAUGGAGUCCCGCGAAAUGCCUCCCCUGGAUUUCACAACCCCAACCAGGUGAUCCCCUCUAAGCGGUCGCGGCCGGAGGAUGGUAUGUCCAUGUCGCCGCGACAGGCGCCUGGUGGACUUUCCGCAUCGCGGUCGCAGACGCCUCAUCAGGUGCCCUUUCCAGGCUAUCAAGGGCCUGCGAAUGGCGCCCAACAAUUCCCUUCCCACGCCGCCCCGUAUCAGCACCUCCAGCAAGGAACGCCGACCAAUGUCACGCAAUCUCCAAUCAUGCAAGAUUUCGACCAGCAUGGUGUGCAGCGAAUGGGGACAGCGUCUCCUAGUCCUUUUUCACCUGCAGGCCAUCAUGUUGGCGGUCCUCACAUGUCCCCUUCGCAGUCAGACCACCCUAGUAGAGUCAAUACACCCCAAAAUAACACUUUCAUUCCAGGCCAGCCCUUUCCUCAGGGAAUGGGGCCGCAGUUCUCACCGGCUCCCACAAUGACGACUGGCGCGGUACAGGCGCCGAUGCAGGCACAUUUUAGCAACAUGCCUCAGUAUCAGCAAGCGAUGGCCGCUCAGCAGCAGCGACUGCAUGCAUUGCAGAUGCAGAACCAAGGCCGUCCGAUCAACAUGAAUCCCGCAAUGGCGGGGCGUCCUGUGGCGGCAGGCAUGAACGCCAUGGCAAAUCCUCAGCAAAUGGCGGCAAUCCGGCAGAUGCAGCAGAAUAUGGCAAAGCCUCCAAACCCAGAAGGGUUUAUGAGAUCGCUUCAAAAGUUUAUGAUGUCUCGGAACAUGCACUUGGACCCGAAUCCCAUCGUUUGUGGUCGUCCGAUCAACUUGGUGCAGCUUUAUGCCACCGUCAUGAAACUGGGCGGGUCAAAGAAGAUCACCGCUGCAAAUAUGUGGCCAGUCAUAGCCCAGCAGCUGCAGUUCCCCCCGAUGCAGUUCCCAAUGGCUGUUCAGGAAAUCCGAGAACAUUACCAACGAAACCUCGCUGCAUACGAGCAAGCUUUCCUCAGCACUCAACAGAAGCAGUUUACGGAUCAGAUGCAGCAGAAUGCGCUGCCGCGGCAAGCUAGCGACCCCUCUGCCAUGCAGUUUCAAUCACCAACUGUCAAGCAGAGUCAGGGGUUUGAAACGCCCCAACAAGCAGGACAUGGGUCACCGAGCGGCGCGCCGAUGGCGAAUAAUGUACCGCAUGGUGUUCCAAAUGGGUUUCCCGCUCCAACACAAGCCAAAGCGCCUAGCAAACAGCAGCAGCAGCAGCAGCAGCAUCGAUUAAGCGUCUCUCGUCAGUCUCAGCCCCCCGCGACGCCGCAGGAUUCUACCGGUCAAUUAGCGAGCCAAUCUCCUGCACAGCCCGCAAAACCCCUUGGGAGUGUCCCUGGCAAGACCACGGAAUCGUUCGAACAGCCCCCUAACGAACCGCUGAAACAUCCCAUCGAAGACCCUUUCAAGCCAAUGGUCUUACCGGAGAGCAAUCUCCAUGGCCCGAUUGUCGUGGAUGAAAUGUAUCAGCUCGGAGAAGAAAUCUCCAGACUGAAGCCAGACGUGCCUUCGUUUCUUGAGCUUGGCGUCAUUGACAUCCACGCCCUCACAAUGGGUAUCAAAUCUGGAAUUCAUGCAGAGAUGCGCCUGGCGCUGGAUACCCUUGUAACCAUUUCCUGUGAGCCAGGAAUUCCGAUCUCGUUGGAUAAUUGCGAAGAUCUGGUCGAUAGUCUGGUUGAAUGCGCUGAGGAUCAAGCCGACCUUCUUGCAGAACAUGCCGUUGAGGUCUCAGAUGUGAUGUUGCUACCACCAUAUGAGGAGAUAACUCGUGGAUGUCAAGCCGAGUGGACAUCGCUAGCCGAUGUGCCUGAAUUCGGCAGCCUCGAAUAUGAGCUUGAUCGAGCGGUUGACCGACUCAUCUGUAUCACGACUAUCUUGCGGAAUUUCUCCUUCACCGAAUCAAACUUUGCCAUACUUUCGACUCCCUCCGUUGUCCAGUUCAUGUCCACCAUCAUCCGCUAUCUAGGAACCCGAAAUAUGCUCCUUCGAACGCACCAGAAUACAUUGGAUUUCAUGAAAGAUGCCGUCACAUAUCUCAGCAAUUUGGCGCAUCUGAUCCAAUUGCCAAGCAUAGAGGAGGCGCACUGUCUAUUGCACUUCCUUCUGUCAUUCGCUCCAUUCCCGGCCCCAACCAUAGGACCGGACGGGGUCAUGUUCACACCUUACAAUGCGUCGAUACACAAAUAUACACCAGCCGCAGUGGAUAGCUUAGCCAAGCUUUUGGCUCGGGACGAUCCCAACCGGACAUUUUUCAAGGCUAUCUUCUCAAGCGAUGCGGGCUCCACUGCCCAAUAUGAGUUGCUUACCCGUGCCUUUGGUUUAGCUAUCUGUCCUGUUCCUGAUCAAUUACGGAAACAUCUGGCGAUAGCAGACGCCCGAAAAGUAUUCCUCAUGCAAGGUUUAUUGGCAGCCGACAUUCUAUCUUCAUUUGCUGAUGGUACCUUGGCCCAACAAUGGCUUGAAUCAACGGAUGGAUUUGCCAUUCAUCUCCUGCGACUAUCCUGCCUUCUUAGUACGGAGCGCGUCCCCCCACCUCCAACUAACACUCGCCAGUCUCACGCUGCCAGAGGGCAGGCCGAGGAAGCCGCAGCAUAUGGUUCGAUCAUCAACCGAGGGCUGACGAUUCUCUGUCGGUUGGCGGAGAGGUCAAAACUCGCUGAUAGUAAUUCAACGCGGCAGUUCCCGUCUGGAAUUAUUCCCAAAAAGGAGAGUUUAUUAGGAGCAUUGUUGAUGCCCAACGUGGACCCAGGCGUUGUUCGGCAGCUGAUAUCCUAUGCUCGCUUAGCCGAGUAA